AUGGCGUCGUUUGCUAAACCAGAUAAUACAUUGAAACGUGCUGAAGAGCUGAUUAAUGUUGGGCAGAAGCAAGAUGCUCUGCAAGUGCUUCAUGAUCUUAUAAAAUCAAGAAGGUAUCGUGCGUGGCAGAAAACACACGAAAAGAUUAUGUUCAAGUACGUUGAGCUUUGUGUUGAACUGAAGAGAGGCAGAUUUGCGAAAGAUGGGCUGAUCCAAUAUCGCAAUAUAUGCCAACAAGUUAAUGUUAGUUCGUUUGAGGAGGUGAUAAAGUACUUUAUGGAUCUUUCAACCAAGAAGGUUGAGGUUGCACGUAGUCAGGCAGAAGCUUUAGAAGAAGCUCUAGAUGUUGAUGACUUAGAAGCUGGUAUAAGACCCGAAGAUUUGAUGUUGAGUUCUGUUGGUGGUGAGAAGGGAAAUAAAUGUUCUGAUCGGGCUUCCUCGUUUAAGUUUUUGUGGGAGACCUAUCGAACAGUUCUUGAUAUAUUGAAGAACAACUCCAAAUUAAUGGCCUUGUAUGCGGAUACCGCACAUCAUGCUUUCCAGUUCUGCAAGCAAUACAAGAGGAAGACAGAGUUUCGUAGGCUGUGUGAGAUAAUCAGGAACCAUCUUGCAAAUCUCAUCAAAUACAAAGACCAGAGGGACCAGCCAGAUUUAUCUGCUCCUGAAAAUCUGCAGCUCUAUCUUGAUACAAGAUUUGAGCAGCUAAAAGUUGCCACUGAACUUAAACUCUGGCAGGAAGCCUUUCGUUCUGUAGAAGAUAUAUAUGGUUUGACAAGCAUGGUCAAGAAAGUUCCUAAACCGUCUUUGAUGGCUGCAUAUUAUGGAAAAUUGAUAGAUAUCUUUUGGGUUUCUUCCAGCCAUUUGUAUCAUGCCUAUGCAUGGUUUAAGCUUUUUCAACUUCAAAAGAGCUUUAAUAAGAACCUCAGUCAGAAAGACCUGCAACUGAUUGCAUCCACAGUUCUCUUAGCUGCACUUGCAGCUCCACCUUAUGACUAUACAAAAACAGCAUCACACUUAGAGUUGGAACGUGAGAAAGAACGAAAUACGAGGAUGUACAAUCUUAUUGGAUUUAAUGUCGAUGUGAAGCCAGAGACUAGUGAAGUGCUGUCCCGUUCUAUUCUUCUUAAGGAUCUGGUUUCCAAAGGUGUAAUGACCUAUGUAACGCCAGAAGUCAAAGAUCUCUACCAUCUUUUGGAAAACGAGUUCCCCCCUCUAUAUUUGGCUUCAAAAGUUCAGCUGUUGCUGUCAAAGAUCUCAAAAGUUGGCGGAAAACUAUCUUCCACGUCGUGUGUACCAGAAGUGCAGCUGUCUCAAUAUCUUCCCGCUUUGGAAGAAGUUGCUACUUUAAGAUUGCUUCAACAGGUAUCACAUGUGUAUCAGACCAUGAAGGUUGAGACUCUGACCAAGAUGGUCCCUUUCUUUGACUUUUUGGCUGUCGAGAGGAUCCUUGUAGAUGCUGUCAAACAUAAGUUUGUAGCUAUGAAAGUUGACCACCGGAAGGGUGCAAUUACAUUUGGUGACUUGGGCUUUGAAUCUGACCAUUUACAAGGCCACCUAAAUGUUUUUGCCGAAAAUCUGAAUAGAUCAUGGUUUAUGAUUUUUCCAUCUUCAAAGAAAGGAUCCAAAUUAAGCGACAUGCUUCCAAGUUUAGGAGAGAUAAUACAGAAAGAGCACAAACGGCUUCUUGCCAGGAAAACAAUAAUUGAGAAACGUAAGGAAGAACAAGAACGCCGGCUAUUUGAAAUGGAACGAGAGGAGGAGACAAAAAGACUACAAGAGCAGAAAGAAGCUAAAGAGGCAGAACAGAGGAGGCUUGAAACUGAGUUUAAAGAAAGGAAACAACAAAGAAUCCUCAGGGACAUUGAGGAACGGGAGCGAGAGGAAGUACAAACUUUACUCAAGGAUGCUGAGAAGUUCAUCAAUAAGAACAGAAUGAGGCCAAUUAUUGAUGGGAAUGUGACAAAGCAGACCAUAAUUGAGUUAGCACUGCAGCAGCAAGUUAGAGAAAGGCAAGAAAUGGAGAAGAAAUUACAAAAGCUAGUUAAAAGAAUGGAUCAUUUAGAAAGAGCAAAGAGAGAAGAGGCAGCGCCCUUGAUUGAAGCUGCUUUCCAUAGACGUCUAGCUGAAGAGAAACUGCUUCAUGAACGUCAAAAUCAGGAUGAGAUUGAUAAUAGCCGAGACAGUCAUGAAGGAAAGGUUAGGGAAAAGUAUAGGCUUCAGAGGGUUAUGGAACAUAAGAUCCAAUUUGCGGAAAGAGUCAUGGACAGUCGCCAGGCAGAUUAUGACAGAUUGAAAGCAGAGAGGGAAGAACGAGUCAGCCAAGUCCUUAAGGCACGUAGAGAGGAAAGGGAAAUUAAAAGCAAAAUGCAAUACUAUGUGAGGACUGAAAGGGAAAGACUGGACAAAUUGCGUCAAGAGGAGGCGGAUCGCAAGCGUGAAGAGGCUGAAAGAAAAAAGAAAGAAGAAGCUGAGAAGAAGGCAAAGCAAGAUGAAAUAUAUCAAAGGCAGAGGCAAAGAGAUCAAGAGGUGGAAGAAAAAGCUAGACAAGAAGCUAUUUCAAGGGGAACCCUUAAUGACAGGUCUCCUCAGAUUUCUGGACCAGGAAUCACUGCCCCACCACCGGCUCCAACACCAGUACCAUCAGCUGCCGCAGCAAGACCAGAAACUUCUGCUGGGAGGUAUGUUCCGCCUUGGCGUAGAAGUGAACCUGCAGCACAGGCAUCGGCUCAAGCCCCGGCCCCACCUGCACAAUCUGAUAGAAGGACCUCUCGUAGGAAUGAUGAGCGUGGGGUGCCACCAAGAGACAGAUGGUAACCCUU